GUCCUUGCUUUCGCAUUGGAAGCAUGCACCCCCCCCAGCAUUGAUAGCAAGGCGUCGAUGUGAAAAUACGCCCACGUAUUGACCGUUAUGAUACUUAAAGCGCUUAGGACAUACAGUUCGGGAACAGCUGCUGCGAGUCAGGCUGCGAGUAAUAGUGAGCGCAAGCAAAGCAUUAACCAAAGCCGCUUCCGGGAUAACGUUGAGCGACUUCCCGAACGAUGACGAGGGGCAAACGCAAGCAAGCCAAUCAGCAGGAAACUCCGCCCACCGACAUCAAAACUGGCAAAGACGCGCUGGUGAAGCGGCGGCGACGCAGCCCCAGCCCGGACGCAGCCGCGGACUCGCCGCGCCAACCCGAGCCGCCAGCACAGCAACCCGCACGCACCGGCCGCCGCGGACAGGAGCGCGGGGCAGCCGCCGUAAUCACUGACGCCUCAGGCGGCAGCGGCUCCGCAGCAGCUGGAGCCCCCGCCCCUGCCGUGCACCGCCAGCCGCAGGCGGCGGCCGCGGCAACGGCCGCUGCCGCCGCCCCGGCUGCAGCCACCAGAGCUGAUGCGUUCUACCCCGCCCCCUCCGGCCUGGGUCCUGAGGAUCAGCAGCUGUACGGCUGCCAGUUGCGCUACCUGCUGAUGGAGCAGCAGCGGCUGCUGCGGCAGCAGGGCCGCGUGGCGGAGCAGCUGCGGCAGCUGCUGGCCGGCGGCAGGCCGCUGCCGGGGCUGCUGGCGGCGCUGGAGCAGCAGCAGGGGCAGCAGCAUGAAGCGAUGUGUGGAGCCGCACAGGAAGCAGGGCUGGCGGGGCUGGCAGGGGCAGCAGAAGGCGCGGCGGCUGCGGCCGUACAGCAGCCUGCACCUGCUGCAGCAGCAGGAGCGGCAGCAGCAGCAGUCGGCGUGGCAGAGCUGUUGCUACAGCCAGUGCAGUCACAGCCGGCGGAGGGGACCGCUAUGGCCCAGGCUGUAGCAGCUGCGGCUGCGCCGGCCGCAGCAAUGGCGGGGGCGGGAGUGGGCGCUGCCGCACCUCCCGGUAUGGUGCUGCUGGUGGUGAACAACGCGGGAGGCUUGUCGGGGCCGGGCCCAGCAGGGCUACAGCAGCUGCCGCCGGUGCCACCCCCGCGCCGCAACUGGCAGUGGCGCCGGGAUGGAACUCAGCUGCAGGACCCGCAGCAGCAGCAGCAGCAACAACAACAGCAGCAGCAGGCGCCAGAGCAACAAGUGCAGCAGCCACCACAGGCGCAGCCACAGACGCAGCAGCGGCGUCGGAUACCCGACCCGCCUCCACAGCGGGUGGCGCAGACUGGGGCGGGGCUAGCUGGUGCCGGCGGCAGCAGCAGCGGCAGCGGCGGGCGUGCUACAGCUCGUGUGCGCGGCACUGCUGAUGCCGGUGUUGCCGCGGCAGGCACCGCCGACGCAGCUGGUGGAGCCAGGUCCCGCCGCUCGGGCUCCCGAGCCAGGUCUGAUGCGGCCGCUGAGGCUACUGCGGCGGCAAGUGCGGUGGGCCGAAGGAAGGUGCGCGUGAAGGAGGAGCGCGGCUCCGAGCCGAUCAUUCCCGGCCUGCCGUUCACGAUCGAGGAGUUCCGCAAGCUGCAAAAGCAGCUGCAGGAGCAGCAGAGGGAGAUCGAGGAGGCGGAAGAGCGCGAGGCCGAAGAGCAAGCGCAACGGAUUCGUCGGGUCAUGCAGGAGUUGUUGGGCAUGUAGGGGGUUUGAGGAGCUUCGAUGCUGCAGGUCGGCGGAGGCGGGAGCUAGCAUGGGCAUAGGAGGAAAGAGAGGCGGGAGAGGGCUGGAAGAGAAGUCGCGCCAAGGAAUGGGGAUGCAGAGUCCAGAUGCGUGGCUGCUGACCGGCUUGGCAGCAGGGGCGCUAUGGCUGGGGCGGGCUGGCGCUGUGGGGCUGGCGGAUUAUGCACGCAUUUAGACAAUCAGCGGCUUUGUAGUGGACGGGCUAGCGUUGAUUGCAGGAGUGAGGCCGAUGCAUCAU